CUUUCAAUUUUCCUCCUCUUGAACCAGUCUGUCUUACUCUUUCUAUUUCUCUUCUUCAAAACUCUUCUCUUUCUCUCUUCAUCAGUUUCUUUCAUGGGAGACCAUCAGACACAUUAACUCCAAGCAUUUAAGAGCCUGGUGUCAUAUACAACCACACCUUCCUUCAUCAGUUCUGAUCUUUCGGCUUCUGUCAUUUCCCAGCUCAUCUUUCAGCUCCUUGAACAAAAAUAUUCCGGGAUCAGUCUCAAAUUUAAGACCCUUUACAGUUUUAAGCUUGGCAAACAGAGAGGGAUCCAGAGAAAUGAAGAUGCCACAGGAAACAAAGUACUCAAGUUCAAUUUGGUCAUCUCCUUGCAAGAACUUGAGAGGAUUAAAGUCUCUGGUGUCAAACAAUGAAGCUUCAUACACUGAAGAGGUUAUCAAUGACUAUGAACUUGCUCAAAGAAAAGCUGAAGAAGCAGCUGCGAGGAGGUACAAAGCAGCAGAAUGGCUGAGGCAGAUGGACAAAGGAGGAUCAGGGGUCCUGUCUGAAGAACCCUCUGAAGAAGAAUUUCGCCUUGCUCUUCGAAAUGGCCUCAUUCUGUGCAAUGUGGCUAACAAAGUCAAUCCUGGAGCUGUUCUUAAGGUGGUGGAAAAUCCAAUUAUUGCAGUUCAAUCAACAGAGGGAGCAGCACAGUCUGCAAUUCAGUAUUUUGAGAACAUGAGGAACUUCCUUGUGGCCGUUAAGAAUAUGCAGCUCUUGACCUUUGAAGCAUCUGAUCUGGAAAAGGGAGGCUCAUCAAGUAAAGUUGUGGAUUGCAUUCUCUGUUUGAAAGGGUAUUAUGAGUGGAAGCAAGCUGGAGGAAUUGGGGUCUGGAGAUAUGGAGGGACUGUCAAGAUCACAUCCUUCCCAACCAGGUCUCCCUCCUUGGUCGGUAGUGAAAGUGUAGAUGAUUCCUUCAAUGAAUCUGAAUCAUCACAAUAUGAACAACUAUUACACUUUCUUCAAUUUUCCAAUGAGGUUUCCAUUGAAGAAUCAAAGACUGCAAAUGCUCUGGCAUUUCUUUUUGAUCGCUUUGGACUUCGACUUCUAGAGGCUUACCUUAGAGAGACUAAUAGAAUGGAAGAGUUUCCUUUGAAUGCAAUGGUAAUUGACACUUUACUCAGCAAGGUAGUUAAGGAUUUCUCAGCAUUGCUAGUUUCCCAAGGCACCCAGCUUGGACGGUUUUUGAAAAAAAAUUUGAAAGGUGCAGUUGGUCCUCUCACAAGAGCUGAUUUCAUGGAGGUUAUUUCACACUAUUUUGGUCAAAAAGCUAGUUUGGUAUCUGGUGAUUUCUCCAAAUUCUGUGUCUGUGGUGGGAAACGCCAAGGUGUUCAAGAUACUGUCAAUCAAUGUACAGUUCAUGCAGAAGUGAUUGAUCUUCAAGAGAAACAACUUCAGGAGUUGAAACUACAAUAUCAGGAGACUAAAGAAGAAGUCAAACAAAUUCAAUUAAAUUGGCGGGAUGAACUUUACCAGCUUGAUCAUCACAUUAAGAAUCUUGAAGUGGCCUCCUCUUCAUACCAGAAGGUUUUAGAGAAAAACCGAUUACUCUACAAUCAAGUCCAGGAUCUUAAAGGAACAAUAAGAGUUUACUGUAGAGUUCGACCAUUACCCGGGCAAUCGCAUGGACAAUCCACUGUUGAUUACGUUGGUGAAAAUGGAAAUAUCAUGGUUGUUAAUCCUUUCAAACACGGCAAAGAUGCAAAAAAGAUGUUCUUAUUCAAUAAGGUGUUUGGACCAAAUGUCUCACAAGAACAAAUAUAUGCUGAUACUCAACCAUUGAUCAGGUCUGUUCUUGAUGGUUAUAAUGUCAGCAUAUUUGCUUAUGGGCAAAGUGGCUCAGGAAAAACAUACACUAUGAGUGGCCCUGAUUUGACAACUGAUGAGACAUGGGGAGUGAACUAUCGAGCUCUCCGCGACUUAUUUCAAAUAUCAAAAACAAGGAGUGAUGCAAUAAAGUAUGAGGUUGGAGUCCAGAUGAUUGAAAUAUACAAUGAACAAGUGCGAGAUUUGUUAGUUAGUGAUGGCUCCUAUAGAAGAUUAGACAUACGCAACAUUGCUCAAUCAAAUGGCCUAAAUGUACCAGAUGCAGGUUUGAUUCCUGUUACAAGCACUGAAGAUGUUCUUGAUUUGAUGAAAAUUGGCCAGAAGAAUCGCACUGUUGGUGCUACGGCUUUGAAUGAGAGAAGUAGUCGUUCUCACAGUAUUUUGACAGUUCAUGUCCUGGGAAAAGAGUUGGUCACAGGGUCCAUUCUUAAGGGUUGCCUUCAUCUAGUAGACUUGGCCGGAAGCGAAAGAGUUGAUAAAUCCGAAACUGUUGGUGAAAGAUUGAAGGAAGCCCAACAUAUUAAUAGAUCACUUUCUGCACUCGGUGAUGUCAUCUCCGCUCUAGCUCAAAAGAGUAAACAUAUUCCUUACAGGAAUAGCAAGCUUACUCAAAUAUUGCAGGAUUCUUUAGGCCAGCAAGCGAAAACAUUGAUGUUCAUACACAUAAAUCCUGAAUCAAAUGCUAUUGGGGAGACCAUAAGCACACUCAAGUUUGCAGAGAGAGUCUCCUCCAUAGAACUUGGUGCUGCUAAAUCCAACAAAGAAAGCGGCGAAAUUCAAGAACUUAAAGAAGGGAUAUCAAACCUCAAGCGAGCAUUGGAGAGAAAGGAGGCAGAGUUGGAGCAACUGAAAGGUGGAAGUACAAGAAGCACUACUGCAGAAACUCAAAAACCAAGAGCUGUUUCACCUUUUCAAGUGCCAAAAUAUGGUUUUAGUGCCAGCCUGGAGCCUGAAACAAAUCAAAUUGAGGCUAGAAGCUGUUCCUCAGGCAAGCAAAGAAGGUCAAGAUUUCGUUCCGCCUUGACGGACAAGGAACAGCUACCCACAAUGCCUCUUAUAUCUGAAGUUAGAUUAGGAGGGUCAGCAAAGACAGGAGCACCAAAUACUUCUGUUAGAAGAUCAAUAUCAACGGAUAGAGGAGCUAUCAUUAGAAGCAGGGUAAAAGCUGACACAAUUGAGAACCAACCAGUUGCUCGAAUACCAUUCAACAAACCUAUGACAGCAUUGCCAGCAAGCACACCAUCAACCGAUAUCAACAACAACUGCAGGGUAUAUUUAGGUCCACUGGAGCCACAAAAGCAGGACAAUGCAUCAAAUACAUUAUCUAGCCACCAAAAUGUCAGCUCACCAAAAGUUCACCCAGAUCAAGAAGAUGAUCAAUUAAGGCAAGCGACUUGUAUAGGGCAAGGCGGCAUUAGAAAAAGCAAGGUGAAGGAGAAGCAUCAACUGCCAUCUAGGAUCGAGAAAUCUGAUAUUGGAAUAUCAUUGCUUUCUGAUAUCAGUACUGGUGAAAAGAUUGAGGAGGCUAGAACAAAUAGCUUCUUUGGGCCAGAAAACGAAAUUCUACUUACUCCAGUAGUGAAUGAUGCCUUGAAGGUGAAGAAAGUUCGACAAAACUUCUCAAAGAACUCACAAAAUCUUGACCCAAGGGGACAAGAGCAGCCAGCAGAACCAUUUAUGUCUGCAAAACUUGGAAACAAGCUUCCAAAUGGAGUUUCUCACCAAACAAAUGAAGGAGGCAACACAUCUAUGCCAGAAUUUCGGAGGAGUUUAUCAAUCCCUCGAGAAAAAGUUUUUGGUACCUUGAAGAUUCACAGUACACAAAAAUGAAAUUCAUUGCCACUGAUAAUUUUCUUAUUUCUUUUACAUUCAUUGUUCAUGUGGGAGUCUUGACUUGAGUUGCAUAAUCUUUUUUCUUUUGAAGAAGAAUUAUGAUGAUGCUUUGGAGGUAGAAUUAUGGAACCUCUUUCUCUUUAAAUUACCAACAAAUUUCUCUGUUAUUAUA